AUGUCGCGACCAUUGCCGCCAUUCACCUACCUCCCCUCACACCUGUUUGUUGUGGCUGUUCAAACAUGCUUGCAAAAGCUUCUAUCGGACAUCUUCCUGGGACGUCCGGCGUCAGAGAAGAGGCUAUACUAUCAACUUCUCUGCACGAAUGGUUCUGCUCCCGCCAUCUACGGAUUGCCAAAAAUCCACAAAAACGAGACGCCACUUAGGCCCAUCGUCGACUUCACGAGGUCGCCCCUGAACCGCCUCUCAAGGUAUCUUCAUAGGAUCCUAGCUCCCCUCGCAGGCAAGACGGAAACUCACCUCCGGAACACAAGCGACUUCAUAAGUAAGGUGAAAGGCAUCAGCGUGGAUGAAGACGAAGUAAUCGUGUCGUUCGACGUAUGCUCUCUGUUCACAAGCAUUCCGGUCGAUCUUGCCGUAGAAACCUCGAGACGCUUGCGCCACGGCGACCCGACAUUGCAAGAUCGCACGUCGUUGGACGUCACUGAGCUCUGCGCCUUGUUACGGUUUUGUUUGUCCAACACGUACUUCUCGUACAAUGGCGCAUUCUACAAGCAAGUUUUCGGUACCGCUAUGGGAGCAUCCAUUUCAGUCACGACGGCAAACUUAACUAUGGAAGCACUUGAAGCCAAGGCCUUGGAGUCAUUUCAGCCCAGACCAAAAGUCUUCUUGAGAUACGUUGAUGAUUGCUUCUGCGUCAUAGACAAGAAGGACAUGCAACGUUUCCUUGACUGCCUAAAUGGCGUCGAGCCGUCCAUCAAGUUUACGGUGGAAGAAGAAAAAUACGGUUGCCUGCAUUUCUUGGACGCACUGGUAAAACGUGCUCCCACCGGCCUCAGCUUCAGCGUGUACCGAAAGCCAACUCACUCUGGCAGAUACCUCGGCUUCGAGUCGGUUCAUCCGAUGGUCCACAAACGCCCAGUGGUCCGUUCUUUAGUUGAACGGGCCUGUCGCACAUGUUCCGAUGAGAGCAGCCUGCAAGAAGAGCUUGAGAUCAUUGAAGCCGAACUAACGAGAAAUGGGUAA